GAAGUAUACAGAAGCUUUGCUGAAGAUCUGGGGUACAAGUAUAACAUUUUCCUUUUUCAUUUUUAAGGCGUUUUAUAAAGCUACCUACAAGAGCACAUGGAAUACACUAUUAAAAGCAGUGCUAGAGCAGUUUGGCCUACUAAGAAAUCAUGGUUCAACUGACAGUGGACCUAAUUGCUAGAAGCAUCAGUCAUAAGAAUCGCAGUGAAGAGGACUUUGGGCAGUACCUGCGAAAAAUAACUCAUCUGAAUUUAUCAGCUAAAAAUAUAGAUGCAAUUGGUGACCUCUCUUCAUGCAAAAAUCUUAGAGUUCUAUAUUUAUAUGAUAACCAAAUCAGUCAAAUUCAGAACUUGGACUUUGCUUCAAAUAUAACGCACCUUUACCUUCAGAACAAUUGUAUUUCUUGUAUGGAAAAUCUCUCAUCACUGAAAAAACUUGAAAAGCUGUAUUUGGGGGGCAACUACAUCACUGUAGUAGAAGGUCUGGAUAAAAUAGAAGAAAUAAGGGAGCUACAUAUUGAAAGUCAGCAUCUCCCCCAUAGUGAAAAGCUUCUGUUUGAUCCAAGAUCUCUUAGGUCCCUGGCAAAAUCUUUGUCUGUGUUGAAUAUCAGCAAUAACAACAUUGAUGAAUUAGAUGACCUGGCAGUUUUGGAAAAUCUUUCUUAUCUUAGAGCAGUUGACAAUCAACUUCGACAUAUCAAGGAUUUGGAGGUUGUAUUAAACAAAUGGACAAAGCUGCGCAGAAUGGAACUUGCAGGAAACCCCAUCUGCAACAAGCCUAAGUACAGGGACAGGAUUGUAGUACAGUCACAAACUUUAGAAUCCCUUGAUGGGAAAGAAAUUAAAGAAAUGGAAAGACAGUUCCUAAUGAAUUGGAAAGCCUCCAAAGCUUCCAGGAAAACAAACAAAGAAAGAAUGACAAAUGAGCAUGCAGCCCAUCUACAUUUAUGUUGAGGAGGAAUCUGAAGUAACAGCAGAAGUUGAAUGCUAACACCCAGAAGUUCCAGGAUGUGAAGACUUGGCCUGGAUUUUUAUUUUAUUGAUUUUUUUUUCCCUCAAAGCUUAGAAAGAAAGGUACUGGUGUCUCUAUGGAUGUGUUAUCUGUGUCUCUGUAAUCUCAAAACCUGACAAAAUGAAUUGUAGAAUCAUAGAAUACCAGGUUGAAAGGUACCUUGAGGAUGAUCUGCUCCAGCCUUUUUAGAGAAACAUGACUUGGACUAGAUGUCCCAGCACCUUGUCCAGCCAAAUCUUAAAAGUAUCCAACGCUAUGGAAUCCACCACUUCUCUGGGGAGAUUAUUCCAAUGCCUGAUUGUUCUCAUUGUGAAAAAUUUUCCUCUUGUGUCCUGUAGGAAUCUCCACAGUGAAGUAUGCUGAACUUAACACUGCCUUUUAAGAGCAUUCAGAAAAAUAAGGGGGCUGCUUAUUUAUGUAGGAGCAGUGCUUUGGUACUGAAGGCAUGUAAAAACAUCUGCGUGUGGUAGGUUAAACCGGUUACCUAGUUCUUACAGUUCUUCAAGGAGGAGUUGUUCUUAACCAGUGUCUUACCUAGUUUGUGACCUGAAUACCUGAAGACCUGCUUCUUUCUAUACUCCUAGCAAUUACGUAGAGGCAUGCUUACAGUCUCUCACUUCAAGAAAAAGUAGCACAUGGUUUUUGAGAAGAUCUGUAGUCCUAACAAGUAAUUUCCAUCAUCUGGAUUUUUCCAAGUUCUGGUGAAUAAUGUGAAAUAGUUAGAGAGCAAGGUAAAAGAAGAUUAAUGAUGCCUGCGCUGAUUAAUUUUUGGAUUGGGAGUAUUACACAUUCAUUUUAACUCAAAUUCUGUUUUAAGUAACUGGAACUUGAGUUUGGCUGCUUUGCACUGGUUUGAGUGAUUAAAUGAAUGCUCAAGACUCCUGAUAUAGGAAAAUUCCAAACAUACAGAUAAGGAAAGGAAUGCCCAGAUUGUAAAUUGUCCCUGGAAUAAAACCUUUCCUAGUGGAGUUUCUCUGUAUGAAUUUCAGCUCAGCAUAGAUUCAUAGAAUCGUAGAAUGGUUUUGGUUGGCAGGGACCUUAAAGAUCAUCUUGUUCCAACCCCCCUUCCAUGGGCAGGAGCACCUUCCACUAGAUGAGGUUGCUCCAAGCCCCAUCCAACCUGUCCUUGAACAUUGCCAGGGCACAGGUUGCUACAGCUUCUCUGGGCAAUCUGUGCCAGCGUCUCACCACCCUCACAGUGAAAAAUUUCUUCCUAAUGUCUAAUCUGAAUCUACCUUAUUACUUUAUGCUUGAGACCCUCUCUGAAAUAAGAAAGGAAUUUUUACUGAAUAAGGAGAUCCAGUUCUGUCUUUUCACCUUCAACGUUUUGAGUAUUUUGUUAUUGGUAAUAUUUUACUGCUCUUUGAUAAAUAUUAUUCAAAUAAACUUAACUCCUGCAGGCAUUCUC